UUUUACGCACCGGAGCGGAGCGCAGCGCGUCAGUGUGGGAUGCUGCCGGAGCUGGAGCUGGAGCUGGACCCGGAGCUGGACCCGGGCACCGAACCCACCGGCGAGACCAAGAUGGCGGCGCCGUCCGGCCGUUCCCGCGCCGCCGCGCCGGAGCAGCGCUUCCUGGUGCUGUUCGACUUCGACGAGACCAUCAUCUGCGAGAGCAGCGACGACGCCGUGCUGCGCGCGCUGCCGGGCCAGCAGCUGCCCGCCUGGCUGCGGAGCAGCUACCGCGAGGGCCACUACAACGAGUUCAUGCAGAAGGUGCUGGCCUACAUGGCGGAGCAGGGCGUGUCCAGGGCCUCCAUCCACGCCUCGGUGGAGCGCAUCCCGCCCAACCCGGGCCUCCUGCGCCUCUUCCAGUACCUGCGCAGCCACCAGCGCGACUUCGAGCUGGUGGUGCUCUCCGACGCCAACACGUACUUCAUCGAGUCGUGGCUGGAGCACGCCGGCGUGCGGCAGCUCUUCACCAAGAUCUUCACCAACCCGGCCAGCUUCGACGAGAGCGGCCGGCUGGUGCUGCUGCCCUUCCACUCGCACUCCUGCCCCCGCUGCCCGGACAACAUGUGCAAGCAGGCCGUCCUGCGGGAGUACCUGUCGAGCCGGCAGGCGGAGCGCGGGGGGGCGCCCUUCCAGAGGGUGUUCUACGUCGGCGACGGGGCCAACGACGUCUGCCCCUCGCUGGCCCUGGGGCCCCGCGACACCGCCUUCCCCAGGAGGGGCUUCCCCAUGCACAGGCUGCUGCCGCAGAUGCAGCAGUUCAAGGGGAACAUCGCCCCCUGGGUCAGCGGCGAGGACAUCGUGGACUGUCUGAAGAAAAUCAUGGAGGAGAGAUGAGGGUCAAAGGGUCGCGAGAAGCAGGACACACCUCACUUCAGCCGAGCAAUAGUUCUACAUUAUGGAAACAUCUCUACGACUUUCUUGUUGAAAUUGCGAGUUAAUGAAUGAAAAUAUAUUUCUGGAGCUAGAAUGUGAAGCAUUUCACUUUAAAAUAUGUAUUUUAAUGACGUAAAUGUGACAUAACAUGAUAUUAGGUGUUCUUUAGUGCCUCUCCAUGAAUUUUCUCAGAUGAAACUGCAGAUAUGGACAAGUGAAGAGUUUUCCCUUAACACAAGAUUAUUCCCAAAAUGCCGGAUUUCAAAAUGUAACUUCAGCUUCAAUCUCAACUCUUUGAAAGAACAUUUUGAAGAACACCUUAACCAAAGUGACCCGUCCUCAGGGGGUCUCGGUGUCGACGGGCUCCUCUCCCGCUGCAUCAAAUGUCGCGGCGGCGGACACGGGGGUGGGAUCAGGUGUUACGGCGCCGUCUGGAACAAAAGGCCACACGUGUCGUGUCAGGCGGGGACAGGGGCCGGCACGCUCCUCACCACCCAACACCGAUACCUAAUCCACUGCUUGACUUUACGAGAGAAACCUACACCAGCAUGAGGUCCGACAGGGACGCCACAGCCAUACGCUUUCCUCCCCAACCCCCCCCCCCCCCCCCAGAGCUGUGUUCCCCGAAACAAUGAACCAGUCCACGUCUGCUUGCUGUGUUUAGAAACCGCUGAAGCUCGGAGUGAGUGUUUCCAGUAAGUUAGGAAGAGGUUUUCCACUGCUUCAUCAUGACUGUAACCUCAUUCUGCCUCGUGGAAUCAAUAACAAAGAGGGUGAAGCAGAUCUACAAGGAUGACUGUUGAACCGUCAUCUCAGUGUUAACGUCAAAUUAACGCAGUCGUUGUGUCGCCGGCGUCCUUGUAGCUACGCUCUGCUUUAGCAGAUUUACUCCAUCGGCAGAGCGUUUCUCUAAAUUCAAAUAACCAUAUAGUAAUACCAGUCUUUUCAGAGGUGAGCUGCAUGUAUAUGGCAUUCAUUAGUAUUCUGAAUAUCUGUACUGAAAUGAAUCUGUGUGCGUCUUUGAGAAACCGAGAAACAAACAGCGAUGCAACAGUGUGGGUGCUGAUCCAAAGCAGUGAAAGGGCGAGGCAGUUCAUUAUGGGUCUGGCCUUAACACAUAAUGCUGUAAACCUGCUCGAAACUUCCUUCAGACCAGUGUUUUCAUUUCUCAGGGAACAGAGAGGCAGCCGAGCAGAGACAACGGCGACUGAUAGCAUCCUCAGUGCUUAUCGAAUACGUUUAUUUGCACAUUCACUGUCAUUUUUUUUCCUUCUCUGAGAAGAAAAUGUUUCAUUUGUGAUGGAAUAAAGCAUCAUAUAGAUGUUUAGAAGCAGCCGAAGCAUGACCCUGAAAUUCUUCAAGAUCAAGACCUAAUCCCUUAAUGCUUCGUGAUUAUGAGACUGAAACUCUGUGAGCUUUUCUUUGUGCGAUACAGUCGACGUACACGUCUUUGGGGUUUUGUGCAAUAAUAAAUGUUUCUUUUGUAUAAAUAAGAGGUUUAAAAGGAAGAAAGACAUUUUCAGGGAUGUAACUUGACCCUAAAUCAUCAAACUGUUUUGUUUUUUUUCUUCAUUAAACUUUUGAAACAUGCAACAACAGAGAAAUUUAAUGACGUGCUGUUUGGAAUUUCCAUUUUGGUGGUUUGCUGUACUGUACACUGGAAAUAUGUGUGUGUAAUCAAAAGUGUCAUGCAUCAUGGUAACAGGAAUAUAAAGCCAUUAUC